UCGAUUAUCGGAGGUGAGAGAUGGCGCUGCAGCUUCCGGCCGAGUUGUGGCUGAAGGUGUUCAGCUUUCUGUCCUGGAGGGACAAACUGAGCAUGCGCUGCACCUGCUCAUACUUCAGACACCUGCUGGAUAAGUCCCGCCCCUUGUGGAGGGGCUUCAGCGUGGUGCUGCAGAACCUCUCGCGCUAUAACCGCUCGUUCUGGCGUAGCCUGGCUCAGAGGCACGUGGGCAACGUGCUGCUGCGCUCAGGUAAGAGGAAGCACCUGAAGCAGCUGCACGCCUGGCUACCGUCGCUCUGCGGCCUGCGACUGGACGACUGGAGAGAAGGGGGCGUGGAUGAUCUCAGACUGUUCCGCCAGCUUCAGCGACUGUCCGUCACUUCCUGUUCCAUUCCGCUGAGGAACCUGGACUUCCUGUUUCCUCUGAGUCAGCAGCUGACGCAGCUCAGCCUCUGUAACGUGCAGCUCACCUGUUCUGCCUCUCACCUGUUGGCCACCGUUGGUCAGUUGACGUGUCUGACCUCGCUACUGCUGCACCACGACGGCAGCCUAAGGGUCCCGUCCCUCAGCGGUGUCCUCGCUCACCUGAGCGAGCUCACACACCUGUCCUGGACCAUGAUCACCUACAGGACACUUCCACACGACUUCUUCAGCCCCGCCCACCACACAGGUGACGCCGCAUUGCAGCUGCUGGACUUGCAGCUGCUGAAUUAUGACGCCGUGGUGACACAGGAAACGCUGCAGCCUUUGUCCCGCCUCCGUAGCCUGUCAGUGUUCCACCUGUACUCCGUACCUGGACCCACCUGUCACCUGCAGACGUGGCUGACGUCACUGCCACACCUAACCAACCUCAGCAUCCACGGUGAGUGUCUGUUUCCCCCCUUCGUAUUUGUCUAUCUGAGCAUCUCUCUUAUGUCUGCAUAUUCAAUAGGAGGCCACCCCCUGGCAUCGUACGCUGACUUCCUGCCCACCUCGCUGCUCAGCCUGACGCUGUGUGUGGACCUGCAGCCCAACGACCUGCGGGUGGUCUCCGCCCGGGCACCGCAGCUUGAGCAUCUUCACCUGGAGCCCUGGAGCUCGUCGUCCGACCUCAUCAGACUCCUCCCACAGCUGUUCCCUCAUCUGAAAACGCUGCGGAUAAGGCACCAGCACGUGUCUGACGAUGACUUCCUGCAGCUGCAGCGACUGCGGCGCCUAGACACUCUGGAGGUUCUGGACUCGUACUACAGACCUGACCCGAGCGACCCAAGCCGGGUCAUCUUUGAGCCGAGUCCUCGUUUGCUGCGGCUGACCUCUGACCUGCAGAGACUGACCAAUCACAGAGUCAGAGUCAUCACCAGCUCACAUGGAGACCUGCUCAGCUGCCACUGAAUUGGGACACAGCCAGUGAGAGUCUGCCCACCGCGAUCAAGAUGUAAAACAAAAGGUGGGCCAUCGCAUCACCUUCAGCUUACUAUCCAAUUGGCUUUCAGGAUCAGCCACCUGGGCCCAACAGAACCAUUCAUUUAUUCUUUCACAGAUACGAUACGAAAGAAAGGACGAGAUCAUCGACAUCAUCAUCACAGGGGGAGGGGACACGGCCGGUUCAAAGCUUCUGUGUAGUCAUGGUUACACUCAAUGAUAUGGUGAGGGUCCGGCCGCAGCUGCCGUUAUCACUGCUGCAUUCUGGGUAACGCUUUGGUAAUCAAUCACUUUAUUGAACCUUUGAUUUCAGACACUGAAUGUGUUUCGGGACUUUGAAUCGGUUGAUAAAUAAAAAGUUGUUUGUUUGUUUUUUAUUUGAUUUAUUGCAGGGUUUGAACUUUAACCUUUUUCUGAGGUCACAUGUCAUAUUUGAAUCUUUUGAAUAAUGACACGCGUUUUCUUCAAAUGUCAAAAUAAAACUUCUUCCUGUUUUGAUUUA